AUGAGCUUUCUUACUCGAUCAGCAUCAUUGAUGCGCUCAGCGGCUGUUCGCCCUGCCCUUUUCGCGGCUCCACGGGCUCGUCAGCAAGUCCGCUUUGCAACCUCGGACUACGGUUCAGGUGCAGGCAACCCAGCUGGUGAGACCCCCGAGAAGCAGGGCAAGAACCGGAGCGAGCACCUCGAGCACCCUGGACCACCUCCACCAAAGGUUGCCAAGGGCAAGUCUUCUUCCUCGCCCAACGAGGACAGCUCGUCUGGCUCCAGCUCGCAGCAGAAGUCAUCAUCAGCAUCCGAGUCGCAAUCCAACGACGGUAGCAGCAAAUCCAGCAAACAAGGUGCGCAACCCAAAAUCCUCAACGAACGUGCGCCUCCAAAGGAGGAGCAGAGCGGGGACGUGAGGCGGCACAACGAGGAAAUGGAGCAGAGGACUGAGAAGAUACAUCAACAGGCUAGCAAGGAGGACAACACCAAAGACAAAGUACCGAAGAAGUUCUGGGCUGGUAAGUCCACCUACGCAUGA